AAAAAUAAUAAUAAUAGCUCACUGAAUUCAAACAAAUAAUCGAAAAUAUUCCAUCCACCCCAUGGGAUUCGAUUCGUUUACAUUAUUAUAUAAACUCACUGCUGUUAUUGUUUUUGCAAUAAUCUGUGGCCAUUGUUUCACAGACACUGAAAACAGUAUCAUAUUUUUUUGACAAUCAAUCCACUGGGAUCUCUGUUUCCUCCGCCUAAUAACCCUUCCUUCUCCCCACGAUUCGCGCUUUCCAUUGUCGUUAAAAAAAACAUUUCCCUGUCUGAAUACAAUAAAUACAUAUAUAUAGUAUUCUUGUGACCCUUCCUAGCUCAUUCGUUAAUCACAAUUCGCAAGGAAAUUAGUGAUGGGCUUUCGUCGUUCUUGAUUCUGCUUCGACCUCUGCAACUAUGGCGGCGGCGGCGGCGCUCUGUAGCGCCAGCCAUGGCUGUGGCUCCGAGAAGCUCCGGCAAUACCUAAUCCCCAGGCACAGUUUCACCAGGAUAUGCCAAGUGGAAUCUUUAUCGUUUAGAAGGCAAUCGAAAUGUGCGAAAAUGUAUUCGAACAAGAUUUCGAUAAGUGAGUUACAUUCAACUCAAAUUCUCGAUGAAAAUGUGUUGAAUUCGAGGGACGACAUUAGUGUCGAACAAGAAAAGGGAGAAACUUUGUCGAAAGCUACAUUGAUAUGGAGAGCCAUCAAAUUGCCAAUGUAUUCUGUUGCUUUGAUCCCUAUAAUGGUAGGAAGCGCCGCGGCUUACUUAAAAACCGGUGAAUUUUUUGGAAAUCGAUUUGUUCUGCUAUUGGUUUCGUCUGUUCUCGUCAUGGCUUGGGUAAACUUAAGCAAUGAUGUAUAUGAUUUCGAUGCGGGGGCUGAUAAAAACAAGAAAGAAUCGGUUGUCAAUCUUCUAGGGAGUCGGGAAGGGACGACUGCUUUUGCUUGGACAUCGCUCGCGCUUGGCUUUAUCGGGCUCGUAUGGGUGUCGGUGGAGGCGAGAAGUUUGCGCGCGAUGUUUCUGCUGACAAACGCGAUACUAUGUGGCUACGUUUACCAGUGUCCGCCGUUUCGCCUCGGUUACUUAGGAAUCGGAGAGCCGUUAUGCUUUGCUGCAUUCGGUCCGUUCGCAACCAUUGCGUUUUACUUUCUUCAGCGCGGGUCGAGGGAGCUCUCCGUUUCUGGGGCUGCCGUCUCUUCGUCGAUUCUUGUUGGUUUCACGACAACGUUGAUCCUCUUCUGUAGUCAUUUUCAUCAGAUCGAAGAUGAUAAGUCCGUCGGGAAAUAUUCCCCGCUGGUCAGGAUUGGAACUGAACGAGGAGCCGGAGUUGUUAAUCUGGCCGUGAUUGCGCUGUAUUUGCUUCUGUUUAUUCUAGGAAUCGCGCAAACGCUUCCUUUCUCGUCUGUGGUUUUGUGUGCUUUGACGUUACCAGUGGGGAACUCGGUGUCGAGGUUUGUCAAGAGUAAUCACACGGACAAAACGAAGAUCUUCGCGGCGAAGUAUUUCUGUGUGAGAUUACAUACCGUAUUCGGAGCAGCAUUGGCUGCCGGGUUGGUUGCAGCUCGAAUGUUCGCGCGGAAGAAGCUUCCGCAUGCCAUACUUCUCUGAGUUACGAAUUACACAGGUGCCGAUCGUCAUUUUUGUACCGUUUAUUUGUACAUGUCACAAAUCGAAAGCGCAUACACGAACACAUGUUUUGAUCGAGUAGUGACGAAUGAAGUUGUCCUUGUUUCGCAUCCGGUGAAUUCGCUGUUCUUA